AUGGAGCUAGUAAUUUUGAGUGUGUGCAUAGAUGUGGUUUUUGGAAUGUUUUCUUUGAGAAAGAGAAUAGAAGAUUCUGUUCUUCGUGCAGAGAUGCUGGCACCAACGGCAUUGGAAUUUGAAGAAGGGAAGCAUGUUGACCGAGAAGGAGUUGUCCGCGACUAUGACUUGUGGGACGACCUCACCAAAUCAAACGAAGUCCUUGCCAAACUGGCUGACAGUGCCAAGGUGGUUGACACAAUGAGGGAUCUUACAUAUAAGGCCGAGGAAGCUAAGCUUAUCACCGAGCUUGCAGAGAUGGAUGCUAUCAAUUAUGAGCUUUUCAAGCAGGCAUAUGCUUCUUCUUUAGAUGUAAACAAGUUUUUGGAUAAGUAUGAGAUGUCGAAGCUUCUAAAGGAUCCAUACGACAUGGAGGGAGCGUGCAUCAUCAUCGAGUCGAGAUGUGGAGAUACACUCUCGGAGAGAUGGGCGUUGCAACUUGCACAGAUGUACAUGAAAUGGGCUGAAAGGCAGGGCUACUCUGGGAGGAUAGUAGAGAGAUAUCCUUCAAGCAAUGGUGAACUGAAAUAUGCUUCUAUCGAACUAGAAUUUAAAUUCGCCUAUGGAUAUCUAUCAGGAGAAAGAGGCGUACACUCUCUGAUAAGGUGUUCGGACAGUACUUCUGCUCUUCCUAAGGCUAGCUUGGCCUCCGUGGAUGUGAUUCCCCUAUUCAUCAACUCAUCUGCUGACCUGUCAAUUGAGGAUGAGGAUAUACAAGUUUCAUACCCGUCCUACUGUGAGGGCAAUCCACAAAUGAGUAGGGCUUCGUCGGCUGUUCACAUCCACCACAUACCAACAGGAGUAGAAGUUCAGUCUACAGGUGAGAGGAGUCGCUUUGCCAACAAGAUCAAAGCCCUCAACCGUUUGAAGGCUAAACUUCUCGUUCUUCUGAGGGACCAUGGCGUGUCUGGUGUGGGGAGCAUCAAGAGAGGCGCUGCAACGGACAGGUGGAGUCGAGAAACACGAAAAUAUGUCCUCCAUCCAACGAAGAUGGUGCACGAUCUCAGGUCUGGUGCUCAGUUUCCUGAUGUAAGCCCCGUUUUGAAUGGCAAUCUCGACCCUCUCAUUGCUGCUCACAUCAGUUCCAGACAAUCUAGUACUGCCGUAUAA